AUGGCAUCAUUCUUCACUGGAGUUCGCGAUGGUCCCACUUCGAUUCCAAUCGCUGUUUCCACCGCACCGCUUCGAGCGCAACUGCUUAAGCAACUGUACCGUUCUUUCUUUGACCGUUUCUCAGUUGACCCGCCGCUUAGUGGAACGCAUGAUGGAAUCCCACAUAUUGUAGACAAGGAGUGUGCUGCUAAUUUAACCCCUCCUCUAGCUCGUAUCUUUAACAUCUCAAUAUCAUCAGGCGAUGUUCCGGAGUUCUGGAAAAGCGCCACUGACACAUCCAUUUCAAAAUCUGAUACCAAUUUGCUGAACAAUUGCUGUCCUAUUAGCUUAUUACCAACGUCAGUGAAAAUGGAGAAAAUAAUACGACUAAUCAAUAUCUAUGUCUACGCAGUAAGAGCAUCAAUGCCGGUUCAAUUGAUGAGAAGUCUGGCAGAUCUUCACGCCAAAAUCAAUUCUGCCGAUGCAAAUCGUCUUUUUGUUGUGGAUUUCUUUGCUGAUUGGUGUGGACCAUGUCGAUUCAUUGCUCCUAUCUUCGAGAAUUUCUCAGCUCGAUACACUAACGCAACUUUUGUUAAAGUAAACGUGGAUAAUUCUCCUGAUAUCAGUCAGUACUAUGGUAUUCGUGCCAUGCCCACUUUUGUCUUGAUCAAAGAAGGACAAGAAAUGGAACGAAUUCAGGGCGCUAACCCUCAGGCGCUGGAAGCAGCUAUCAAUAAAUAUUACUCCUCAACACCAGCAAAUCCGAAUGCUGCGAAUGAUGACGAGAAACGUUCCUUACAACAGUUCAUUCCUUAUACAGAAAAGGUUAAAUUCUAUACUGAUGACGUUUAUAAAACGUUAGCAAUUAGCGUUAUUCCCGCCGAAGAACUUCGACGUAAGGCUACCGAUGAAAACGGUGUUUUAAGUAGGCUGCAGUUAGCGAAAGAACUUCUGAACUGGUUCAAGAACGACUUCUUUUCGUGGUGUGACAGUCCUUUUUGCGAAUUUUGUGGGAAACAAACCCCCAAAAAUUCUGGAUUGAAUGGUACUCCAACAAUUGAAGAACGUGAAAGUGGUGCAGAUCGCGUUGAGGUUUACACUUGUGAAUGUGGUAAAGAUGUUCGAUUUCCAAGAUAUAACGAUCCGGCGAAACUGCUUGAGACGAGAAAAGGUCGGUGUGGAGAGUGGGCCAAUUGUUUUGCUUUGAUGGCUGCUGCGAUGGACUUUGACGUACGAUAUAUCUAUGAUGUCUCUGAUCAUGUAUGGGUUGAACUGUGGAUCGCUGAAUAUGACAACUGGGUCCAUUGUGAUCCAUGCGAAAAUAUUAUCGAUCGCCCAUUGGUUUAUGAAAAGGGAUGGGGUAAGAAAUUGAGCUAUGUCAUAGCAUUUGGAACAGACCAUGUUUAUGAUGUGACAUGGAGAUACACAUUAGAUCACAUGAAGACAGUACGACUGCGCAACAGAGUACGCGAAGGAGUUCUUAGCAACUUUCUAACGAAGCUCAACUCACGAAUGGCAGGGAACUCAACUCAGGAAAGAGUAAAGGAAUUGCGGAGGCGUCGAGUGCGGGAACUGGUGGAGUUUCUAGUUGUUGGAGAACGUUCAACGGAUGGAGACAACUAUGGAGGAAGAGUUUCUGGUGAUGUUGCAUGGCGUGCUGCUCGAUCAGAGCUUGGAUGUAGUGUAAAAAAGGAUACAGUUAUAACCCUCAAUCAAGAGGAACUAUCCAACAAGAAGUUCAGUUUGGAAUACAACUGCGCCCAAGAUACGUAUACAAGAGGGACUGAAACGAUUAAGGGAUGGUCAGCGUAUGCGAACUUUUCUGGUCAAAUACAACGGAAAAUAGAGACAGAUUGGAAAAUGGCUUACCUCUGCCGUCAAGAAGGAGAAGGUGAAGCGGAAAUAUCCUGGUCAAUCGAUCUUAGCAGUGUCAGGGCGAAGAUCUUUCGACUUCAGGUCUUUGGUACUGCAGUUUACGAAAAUGGAUCUGUUACAGUUACUGUGUGUGUGGGUGAAGUGUGCUAUCCCAUGCCGAAAACCUCGACCGAGUUAACUCUUGAUGAUGUGCCUUCAGGGGUGCUGAAAAUUAGUGCUCACUUCUCUGGUGGAAAAGGAAACAACGCAUUUCAACAAGCGCAACUAUUCCGAACUCCCCUGGAUAGUCCUGAGGCUCAAAUGAAGAUAGAUAUCGAGCUUUGA